CUUUAAAUUAAAUUAACUGGUGCCGAGUAUUAAUGGAACAUGAUCGGAUUCUGCUAAGGCUCUCCUCCCACAAGUCAUCAUCAAUCUGUAUCCCCAGAUCCUCUCCCUUAUUUCAGUUUUAAAAGCUUUUUUUAAAUUCUAUAAGAAACCACUUAAUCACGAUCGUCCAAAGUAGGUAAAGACCUCACAGAUUAUUUAUACAGACUAUGGUAAAGACACUAGUUGAAGAAAAGGCACACACAGGUUUGUCCACUAGAUGUCGGUAGUACUGCUGCGAAUCCUGAGUGAAACUAGAGCAGAAGAAGAUCACGAACCAGAGGAACUCGGCUGGAGCUGCUACCCCCCAUCAUGUUAUUGAUCACCAUGUCGGUGUGAAGGAAAAACUAAACUAAGAACAACCAUCCCGAUCCGAAACGGAGACCUUAACAUGGCCGGAGAGGAGGAGAGGGGGGUGGUUCGUGUGAAAGUCAAGAAAUGUGAUGGCAUACUGCCCGUGGAGUUUCGCUCCUUUGCUGUGGAUCCUCAGAUUACAUCACUGGAGGUCCUGCAGCACAUUCUCAUCAGAGCUUUUGAUCUGAACGGGAAGCGGAAUUUCGGGAUCAGUUACCUUUCUCGGGACCGGAGUGGAGCUGAAAUGUAUCUCUCUCUGCUCUCUGACUGGGAUCUGGAUGUCGCCUUCCUCUCUGCAGCCAAACCUCACCUGCAGCUGAAGAUGGACGUCAAACCUGCAGAAGACAGUCCUGUAAUGGAGGACUGGGACAUCAUCAGCCCCAAAGACGUUAUCGGCUCUGAGCAGCUUGCAGACCGGACCAGGUCUUUGGCCUCUGCAGCUCUUCCAUUCACUCAGUCUCUGCUGUCCCAGGUGGGCCGGACUCUGACCAAAGUCCAGCAAGCCUUCAGCUGGACGUAUGGAGAGGAGAUCAAACCCUUUAAGCCUCCUCUGAGCGACGCAGAGUUUCAUAGUUACCUAAACGGACAGGGUCAGCUGACUCGACCCGAGGAGCUCAGACUGAGGAUCUACCACGGGGGUGUGGAGCCGUCACUGCGCAAGGUUGUGUGGCGAUACCUCCUGAACGUCUACCCUGAUGGACUGAGCGGACAGGAGAGGAUGGACUACAUGAAGAGGAAGACGAGGGAGUACGACCAGCUGAAGGGGGAGUGGACAACCCGGGUCAGCUCAGAGGAUCUAGAGUUCAUCCGAGGGAAUGUCCUCAAAGACGUCCUGAGGACAGAUCGAGCUCACGCGUACUACGCUGGCUCAGAAGACAGUCCACAUCUGACGGCGCUCACAGACCUGCUCACCACAUUCGCCAUCACUCAUCCUCAGAUCUCAUACUGUCAGGGCAUGAGUGAUAUCGCCUCCCCGAUACUCGCCGUCAUGGACAAUGAGGCGCAUGCCUUCAUCUGCUUCUGUGGCAUCAUGAAACGCUUGGAGGGGAACUUCCGGCCGGACGGGCAGCUCAUGUCUGUGAAGUUCCAGCACCUGAAGCUGCUCCUGCAGUACUCGGACCCAGAGUUCUACUCUUACCUGGUGUCCAAAGGAGCGGACGACCUCUUCUUCUGUUACCGCUGGCUGCUCCUGGAGCUGAAGAGAGAGUUCGCGUUUGACGACGCUCUGAGGAUGCUGGAGGUUACCUGGAGCUCUCUGCCCCCGGAUCCUCCUGAGACUGAAGUGGAGCUCCUGGGGCCGCCGCAGGAGGCUGAGGAUACGGUGUCCUGCAGAAAAAAGGAGAAGACUGUGGAGGAUCGCUUCGGAGAUGAUAAGGGUCAAAAGGAGAAGCAGCGCAGGCGACACAUGCUGAGGCCGUCCAGAGAGGAACCAGAUGCAAGCAGGAGUAAGGUCACUGAGGAAAGAGAGAGUGAGAAGGGAAACGUGGGCGGUGAAUGUCAAAGUCCUCAAGUGAUGGCGGACAAAGCUGACAUGCAGGCCACUCCGUUUGAGAGGCAGACUAGUUUUGGAGAAUUUAAAUACUACACGGCUCGAAAUGAGGACAGCUUUGACAUGGAUACAGAGCCACCUCGGAACUUGGUGGCUUCAAAGUCUUCAACGAGUAUCCAGAGCCGGCAGUCCACAGUGGACAGUGAGGAGGACCCCGGAGAGAGAACCCCGCUCAUAAAGAACUGUGAGAACGGUCUCUCUCCGUUGUCGUCCCCUCCUCUCUUCCCGAGCGGACUCCCGAUCUGGAAAACUGGUCCCUCUGUCUCCCCCACGUCUUCAGGUUCUCCCUCCAGCUGGCCGGGUGCUUCACCUGACUCGCCUCCUAAAUCAGCAUCUCCAUCAGCAUCCAACGGGAGAGAGACCUUCACGAGAACUGUGCAGAAAGUCUUGACCUCCUCAGCCCAUGUGCUCGGCAGCACAGGGAUUAACUCGCCCACGACGCCCACUCUGAAAUCAUCCGUUGCAUCUCCCUGCCACACUCAGAGCCGGUCCCUCCUCUCCUCGCCCAUCCUGUCCUUUGGUAGAGGCCCCUCGCUGUCAGGAAGCAGGUUGUCUUCCAGCAAUCUCCCUUCACCUGGGAACAAAACGCCCAGCACCACAGCGAACACGCCCGUGUCUCUGAAAGGAGAAACCACCAGCAUCAAACCGUGCUCCCUGCCGCCUCCUCAAGAGUUUGGGAAAGGGAACCCCUUCAUGCUGUUCCUGUGUCUGUCCAUCCUGCUAGAGCACAGAGACCACAUCAUCAAGAACAGCUUGGAUUACAACGAGCUGGCCAUGCACUUUGAUCGGCUCGUGCGGCGCCACAACCUGAGCAGGGUGCUGCAGCGAGCCAAGGCCUUAUUUGCGGAUUACCUGCAGAGCGAGGUGUGGGACUCGGAGGAAGGGGACGAGGUCAGCUCGGACUCUCCAACUACGGCUACGGCCGCACAACCCUCUCCUUCUUCCUCUGUCUCUGCCAGGCCCAUUUACAGCCCUUUAGCAUCGCCUCAGGCAUCGUCUCCAAACUCAACCUACAACCUCGCCACCACCAUCCCCUCCCCGACAGCUCCCCUCGCAGUUUCUCCCACAUCCUGACUCCUGACAGCGUCCUCCUCCUCAGCGGACUGACUGUUUGUAGAGGUGCAGACUCCCUCCAUGGACUGAGCUGUUUAUAAUCUCAUUCUGUGUAUGCUUGAAAACAAAAAUGUCUAUAGUCAUCCCAGUGUUUUAUUAUUCAUCAGCCUUUGUUGUCCGUCUUUAAAGAAGGGAUGAAAAUGCUAUCUUCCUUUUCUCUCCCCUGAAGUUACUGAUGAAGUGUUGAACCCUGAGAUUCAGGCGUUUCCAGGUGAGACAGUCUGGCUGUUUGAGUUUAUCCCAACCAACAAAAGCCACUUAGUGCAAUUAGCCUUUGUUGCCCUCCUUAUACUCUUUGUUUACAAGCCCAUGUUUAUGUCCAGUCAGCCACAAACGUGUCUUAAAGAAAGUUUAAUUUUAAACGAAGAGGAGAACUUCAGACUCUGAUUGGUUGGAAGUCAUGCUUUAAGUUGUUCCAAACGGACUUUUACUGAAACAUCACUUGAAAACAUGUCAGCGCACAUACUGUACUCUCCCUCGUACCCGAGCCUGUCACCGUCGACCUUAAGAGGCUUUACAACUCAAACGUAUACAUGUUGUACUUCUGCUGAUGGGCUGCUUUGAAGUGUUUCAGACAGAAUACUGAACGUGUAAAAUCUACUGAUGUGUUAUACGCCCCCUUUCAUGUGAGCAUGCUCAGAUCCUGAAGCAGAAAGAGUCAGCAGAGACAGUUCAUAACCAGCUAACUGGAGCUUAACAGAGCCAGAUUACUUGAGGAAAUACUGGAUAUGUUUAACUCAUGUGCUCUAAUUCAUGUGAUCACAUGAGGUGACACUUCUGACUUCAGACAAGACUUUGACUUCUUUAAGAUUUGGCCCAGUUCGUGACUUAGUCUCUGUUUUUUUCACAUGGUUAUGAAAUGCUUCUUCGUCAUCUAGUCGUAAGCAGACAGUGUAGCCUCAUCUCCACACACACACCUGUGUUUUUUAUGUUUCCUUUUAUUCCUCCAAAGUGCUUUUCCAUCUGGACUUGAUGGCCUAGAGGAAUACCCAGAAAAAAAACUUCAGUACAUUUGAUGCAAACAUUCCCCUCAUGAUUGAUUCCCAUUCAUCGCCUUUAUUUUUACAUUUGGGAUGAGUCUAAGUUAUUGUUCUUUUAUUUGGUGUCAUCUUGUCACCAUGAGCGUAACCAUUUUGUCAUUUCUGCACUCAGAGAAAGAAAACUUUCUGAAGCUGUAACGUUGCUCAAACGUCUAAAAACAGUCUCACAUGAUUCAGUUUCUCUCCUGAGUGCAGUACAGAUGAGGUUAGGGUGAGUGGAGGUGAGGGGAAGGAACGUGUGACUGAGGUUUUAAGCUACAAAGAUUGGGGUUGGUGCAAUAGUUCAUGUUAAUCAUUCUAAAACAGUCUUUAUUCAGUUCAGACUAUUUUAUUGUUUGCAGCAGUCACACAUGAGGAAGGGUUUCCAUUCUAAAACAGGACAAAGCAGCUGAUCAUGAUGCGACUAACUGUACCGAGCGUUACACAGAUACAGUACUGUAGAGAGAUGGAGAGUGCUGAUUCUGUUCUGUUAUUUCAGUGUAUGCUGGACUCAAAGAUUCAAACUGCAACAGUACUCUGUAAUUUAAAUUAUUUUUGGUGCUUUGGUGCUUUGUUUUUCAGAGAUGUAUUAUUUUAGCACUUAGGUUAUUAUUGAGGAAGAUUUGGGCCAAUGUGAAAAAAAACUUGAGGUUUAACCUUUUUCUUAAUAUCCUAACUCUUAUCUCAGAAUUCUGAAUAAAAGGUAGAUUUCUGAACUCAAAUCAAAAUUCUAAAACAAAGUCAGAAUUCUGAAUAAAGAUAGAAUCCUAACAAAACAGUCUGAAUUCUGGAAUUGAAAGUCAGAAUUCUGGAAAUUUAAGUCACAAUUCUGGAUUUCUUUGCCAGAAUUUCUGAAUUGAAAGACAGAAUUCUGGAAUUGAAAAUCAGAAUGCUGAGAAAGAAGUCAAAUAUCUGAGGUUAAAUCAGUGUAAAAAAAAAGAGUCAGAAUUCUAAGAAAAAAAGUCAGAAUUGAAAGAGGUGGUAUUAUGAUUUUUUUGUAUUUAACAAACAAAUGUUAAAAAUGUAGGAUGACAGAACUACAAGUGUGCAAAGUUACCAAUUUUUAGGAUUAUGUGAGAGGGACUUUGGAUUUGCUCCAAUCGUGACAUCACCGAUGGGUGAAUCUCCUUAAAAGGGCAUAAUAAAUCUAGCACUUUAUCCUUUUACAAACUUUCUGGAACAGAUAUAGGGUCCAAAACAUACAAAUAUGUUUCAUAAUCUAUCAUUUCAAAUAGAGUAACAUGACUUUGUAGCAUGGCAACAGUGGACGAGACUUCUGGAGUGCGGGUAAAGGGCCUUAAAGUGACAGUAGCUGAAAUGAUGGUUUUCAUAGACACCAGUCUAUGAUAAGUAAAGAGUGUUUAAGCUGUAAAUCAUGUUAAGCUGCUACAGAUCUGUCAGAGGGAUGAUAUGAAGAAUAAUACCCCUCUGUGGAGUCAGAACACUGACUUCUUCCUCUGAAUUUUGAAGAAAAGACUCUGUCCUCAAGAAUAGUCUGAGGUUGACCUGUUUUUUUCAAAUUCUGACUUUUUUAUUUGAAUUCUGUUAAAAAAAACACUAUAUCGGCUCCAGUCUUCUUCUGUAUGUUUUCGCUGUUUCCCAAAGACACUUCUUUUUCUUUUCGUUUUUGUAUCAUGUUUUCAUUUGGUAAUGGAAUGCACAGUUUCAGGCAUUUACAGUUUUUGUUUUUCCUUUUUUGUUGCUAAUGAGAAGGGGAAUCCAUGCUGCAUAUUUAAUCCUUUUGUUUUAUGAUAUGACACUUGAAACAGCCAGUGACAAAACUAUUCAUUUAUGUGCAACCUUUUGGCAGUUAAGUGCCUCACGUGUUUCAAUCAGAAGCCUUGUUUCAUGUUUUGUUUUGUGUACUUCAUACAUGUUUAUUGUGUCAUCAUGGGCCAAUUUAAAAUAUCAGUUAGAAGAUGGAUUCAGACGGAUUUAUUUGGACUCUUGCUCUGAGAAAGUGUUCCUCUUUAACGCUAACUUGUGACCCUGUGUCUGCAUUUGGUUGAAAAUUAAAGAAAUGCAGCUAGAUAGUUAAUUUUCAUGUAGCAAAGUUGAACUCUCAGAUGUUUGAAUUUACAACAACUAAAACUGUAAUAGACGAAAGCAAAGAGUCAGAAAGAGGAUGCCCAUGUGGAGCCAUCAUAUUCCUCUGUUUGUUUGCUUUCAUGUAAUGAUGUUUGGACUUGGCUCAGCCUUAUGUGAUGUGCACUAUCAGCUUCAAUACUGUGGAUGAACUCUGUGCAUGGCUGCAGACUGAAAGGGAAAUAACAAAAUGUUUGUUAACGUGUGUAAAGCCUAAAAUAUGUUCUUCAUGGUUUGUUAAAUUGAGCCAAAGUCGUCUCUCAGCUCAUCGUUGAUGUGUCGGACCUUCACAGAGUCCAGCUGUGUGAGAAACUGAAGAUAGGGUGCCACCAGAACAAAGACAGGGAGCUCAUUUAUCUCUGCAUUUCAUAACUUUACUUUGUUUUCAGUGGCCUGUAUUUCAUCCUCAGCGGUCUGUGAUGAGAUCCCUCUUCGACGAGCAGGAACUGAACCAGUUCUGAAAUCUCCAGAAAGACCGUCGAUGUGAUAUCGUGGUUAUUAUUGAUCUCAUCUCCUUUUGUAUAUCAGUAUUUAAAAGCAUAUUUAAACUAUAAAAGGGACUGGCUGGACUCUGAGCUCGCAAUAUGUGCAUUUGUAAAAAAACAAAAAAAGAUUUGUUUAUCUCGUUAAAUUAUAUAUGUGCACAAAGUUAAAGUUUUUAAUCAUACAACACAACAAUGUUACUGAUUGUAUAUUGGACACAAAUAAAUAAUCAAUGCAACAGAUAGAGUGAAGGCUGACU